AUGCGCUCGCCUAUUAAUAUCGACACCUCUACGAUGCUCUCGUGUCCAAUGGUGGGGUUUAGUCGAGCAAAGCUGCGACGUCCAAGACGGACAGAUAGCGCCGGGGCGCCUCUAGUCGAUUCGUCCAAUGGCUCAGGGGCCGUUGAUGUCAUUGCCGCCCAGCCUUAUCCACUUCUUGCGACGGUUGGACAUUUGGAACCCCCAAUGUUUAUCGUCGCAUACCUCUUCGACUGGACAAUUGCUGGCGCUGCUGUGGAGGCGGUCCGCCAUCCGCUAAUUAUGAUGAUCGGUGCCUUAUCUCCCCAAGCUUCGAAGAUGGUGUACCCUCAGCCUGUGCCCCAGAUGGCAGACAACGACCUUGGUGCUGCGCUUGACAGUUCAAGCGGCACUGGUCAACGCAACCAGGGAAUGUCCCUCAAGGCAUUUCUUGCAUCUUUGGUCACUGCCAUCAUAGUCUUCGCGGUGGAAACGCUCCUCUUUCUCCUCCUGAAGGGAAAGCUUACCCGCAUCUACCAACCACGUACAUACCUUGUUCCGGACCGUGAACGUACAGCGCCGUCCCCUCCAGGCCUUUUUCGUUGGAUAAUCGCUGUCUUUCGUACAUCCAAUUCGGAGUUCAUUCAGAAGUGUGGGCUGGAUGCAUAUUUCUUCCUGAGAUACCUGCGCAUGCUCCUGAAAAUCUUUUUCCCUCUUGGAUGUCUGAUUUUGCCAAUUCUUAUUCCAUUGAAUAAAGUGGGAGGGAAAGAUAACACCCUGGAAGGCAGCACCAAUAGUUCCAGAUGGAAUGUGACUGGCUUGGACCAAUUGGCGUGGGGAAACGUUGCACCAAACCAUACGGAUCGCUACUGGGCCCAUCUGAUAUUAGCUGUCAUCAGUAUCGUCUACGUCUGUGCUGUGUUCUUUGAUGAACUUAGGGGUUACAUUCGUCUCCGGCAGGCGUAUCUAACUUCUCCACAACACAGACUUCGGGCCUCUGCGACAACUGUACUUGUCACCGCAAUUCCACCGAGAUGGCUUUCAGUCGAGGCCCUGGAUGGCCUAUAUGACGUAUUCCCCGGAGGCAUUCGGAAUAUCUGGAUCAAUCGAAACUUUGAUGAGCUAAACGAAAAGGUCAAGCUGAGAAACAAGCUUGCUCUGGCCCUGGAGGCUGCAGAGACGGAGUUGAUCAGAAAAUGCAAGAAGGCACAGCUUAAAAUGGCAAAGGCCGAAGCAAAGAAAGCUGGAAAGAGCGCCGCUGAGGUGGAGCAAAGAGAAAAGGCGGCUGCUGAUAAGAGAGCUUCGGAGAUUCUAAUGGAGUCCGGUAUCAGCUCCGGCAAUCCUCAUCAGAUUGCUCACACGGUAAGCGAAGCUUUGUACCUUGGAAAUCAUCCCCGCGGUCGAGAUUCUUCGUUUAGUGAGAGUCAAAGAAAUCGAGCGCUCAUCCCGGUCGUUGGAGAAGGGCUCAACGCGGUAGGCCAUGGAGUAACUGUGUUGGGUAAAUCGGUCCUGGGAGGGCUCAAGAAAGUCGAAAAGGGUGCUGAUGAGCAGCUCACCAAGAACAACUCGGAUUCUGUUGCUCUUCGUGAUGCUGAUGGCGGAGUGAUACAGGAUGAACAACUGGAAGAUGGUGCUGGCUCCGGAUAUCGCUUUGCACGAUCCAGCAAUGAAAGCGAGGCGACUCCUGCUGGUUAUAGCCCUGAACAAGGCAGAGAAAAAGACCGUGAGGCUUCCCAAGAUCCACAGCCUGGGUCUAGCCGGCCAUUUUGGACGCGGAACAUAUCAUCGGCAAACUCGAAGCGGGGUUUCAGGACAGACCGAGAUCCCCAAGGAGAUGAAAUUCCUUUGACCAAACCAGCGACCCCGGAUAACCUUGACGGGGAGAUGGAAUCUGGACAAACCCCAGACAAGCAGCACCAUAAGAGAAAGGAUGGGGAUAAAGCUGACGGCGAGCGAUAUCCAGUUGCGUAUAAUGAAGAUUACGAGCGUGAUCUUGGAGAGCCCUUGUGGAAAAAGUAUAUCAAGCCAAAGGAUCGAGAGACGAUGCGGUUGCCCCUUUUUGGCCUCAGCUGGAUGCCGUCUCUGCCCUUCAUUGGUAAAAAGGUCGACACCAUCGAUUACUGCAGGAAAGAGGUGGCGCGUCUGAAUCUUGAGAUCGAAAUCGACCAGCAGCAUCCGGAGAGAUUCCCGCUCAUGAAUUCGGCGUUCAUCCAGUUCAACCAUCAGGUUGCCGCCCAUAUGGCUUGCCAAGCAGUCAGUCAUCAUAUUCCGAAACAAAUGGCUCCACGGAUUGUCGAAAUUUCUCCGGACGAUGUCAUAUGGGACAACAUGUCGAUUAAAUGGUGGGAACGAUAUCUGCGGACAUUUGGCAUCUACGUCGUCGUUUGCGGCAUGGUCAUAGGAUGGGCAUUUCCCGUCGCCUUCACUGGUCUCCUUUCGCAGCUUUCGUAUCUAGAAGGGAAGUUCACAUGGCUGGCAUGGCUCUCUAAGCUACCGGAAUGGUUUGUUUCGGCCAUCCAAGGUAUCCUACCGCCACUUUUCCUCGCCAUCCUUAUGGCUCUGCUGCCUCUCAUUUUACGGUUCCUUACGAAGACGCAAGGAGUGCAGACGGGGAUGGCCAUUGAGCUCACCGUCCAGAAUUACUAUUUCGCAUUCCUCUUCGUGCAGCUGUUUCUGGUCGUUUCCAUCUCUUCCAGCUUUUCGACAAUUUUCGACUCCUUUACGAACAUUAUCGGCUGGCCUCAACUCCUAGCGCAGAACAUCCCCAAGUCAAGUAAUUAUUUCUUCUCUUACAUGAUCCUUCAGGCCAUGUCUGUCAGCGCUGGAGCUCUCGUGCAGAUCUUUAAUCUGAUAAGCUGGUUUAUCCUGGCACCUAUUUUCGACAACACUGCCAGGAUGAAGUGGGCUCGGACAACGAACUUGAACCAGAUGCAAUGGGGCACUUUCUUUCCGGUUUACACGACCCUUGCAUCGAUCGGUCUCAUCUACUGUAUCAUUGCACCUCUCAUUAUGGUGUUCAAUGUUAUCACUUUUGGUCUCUUCUGGUUCGUUUAUCGGUACAACACUCUAUAUGUGACCAAGUUCCGCUUCGACACUGGCGGCCUCCUCUUUCCGAAAGCCAUAAACCAGCUGUUCACAGGGAUAUAUGUGAUGGAACUUUGCUUGAUAGGCCUUUUUUUCCUUGUGCGCGAUACCGAGGGUAAUGUCGCCUGUAAAGGCCAAGCAAUCAUCAUGAUCGUUGUCUUCAUCCUCACUGUCGGGUACCAAAUUUUCCUGAACGAGGCAUUCUCUCCACUGAUUCGAUAUCUGCCGAUUACAUUGGAAGACGAUGCAGUUCGCAGAGAUGAAGAAUUUGCUAGGGCUCAGCGGACGAGACUAGGUCUGCCUCCUGAGGAUGAUGACCAGGACAGCAGUGAACGUGACCUUAAAGAACGUGAACGAGACGAACAAGCUAUGGAGAGUAGAGAACAUGAGAUCGAACUGAGGAAGAUCAAAAAGGGGCCGAGAGACCGUCCGCACGAGAACGCGAACACUCUGGGCAAUGUUGGAAAGCUCGUCAGGAAACAAAACACCUGGGCGGAUCGCUCUCGAAAUCGCCGCUCGACGUUUUUUGGGGCGAACUCAGAAGCUGGCGUACCUUCGAUACAGAAAAUGCGUGAGAAGUUGGCUCAUGAUGAAGAAAACCAGGGUCCCCCAACCAAGACUAUUGGGCAUGCGCUUUUCGCUGGCAUCAACGACGAACUCGAGGACCUGACGCCUGAGGAGCGUGAUCAGCUGGUACAGCGGGCAUUCCAGCACGAAGCGUUACGCGCGAGGCGUCCCGUCAUCUGGAUCCCUCGCGAUGAUCUCGGAGUCAGUGACGAUGAGAUCUAUCGCACGCAGCGAUUCAGCAAGCACAUCUGGAUCAGUAAUGAAUAUCAGGCUCUGGAUGGCAAAUGCCGCCCCAUCUUUAGCCGCAGCCCUCCUGACUUUUCUGAGGUUGACCUGAUUCAAUUAUAG